AUGGUGGUCAUCAAUGGAGAGGUCAUCAAUGGAGAGGUCAUCAAUGGUGAGGUCAUCAAUGGAGAGGUCAUCAAUGGUGAGGUCAUCAAUGGAGAGGUCAUCAAUGGAGAGGUCAUCGAUGGAGAGGUCAUCAAUAGAGAGGUCAUCAAUAGAGAGGUCAUCAAUGGGGAGGUCAUCAAUAGAGAGGUCAUCAAUGGGGAGGUCAUCAAUGGGGAGGUCAUCAAUAGAGAGGCCAUCAAUGGGGAGGUCAUCAAUAGAGAGGUCAUCAAUGGGGAGGUCAUCGAUAGAGAGGUCAUCAAUGGAGAGGUCAUCAAUAGAGAGGCCAUCAAUGGGGAGGUCAUCAAUAGAGAGGUCAUCAAUGGAGAGGUCAUCGAUAGAGAGAUCAUCAAUGGAGAGGUCAUCAAUGGAGAGGUCAUCAAUGGAGAGGUCAUCAAUGGUGAGAUUAUCAAUGGAGAGGUCAUCAAGGAGAGGUCAUCAAUGGAGAGGUCAUCAAUAGAGGUCAUCAAUGGAGAGGUUAUCAAUGGAGAGGUCAUCAAGGAGAGGUCAUCAAUGGAGAGGUCAUCAAGGAGAGGUCAUCAAUGGAGUGAUCAUCAAUGGAGAGAUCAUCAAUGGAGAGGUCAUCAAUGGUGA